AAUGAGAAGAAAAAACAAACGAAAAAACAAUUUUUUUUAAAACAGCUUCGAGUGCCCCCUUUGUUCUCUAGAACCUCCCGGAAAUCUCAUCUGUCGAGUUUAGGGUAAAAAAAGUUGGUUCGGUUAACUGGUGAAUAAAUUUGUACUGUGGAUUUCGGAGCCUUCGUGUUUUCCGGUAAAUUCUGCGUUUCUUGGAAAAAAAUUUGUUUUUUCGUUUGGAGUAUUUGAUUUUCCGUUGAAGAUUGUUAGUUUCAGAAAGCUUAACCGGACAUAAAUUGUCUGCAAUAAACAUGACAGCGUAUCAAAAGAUUGAAUUUAUUUUUAGUGGUGGAUAAGGAUCUUGGAGGAAUGUCUGACUUGUGCAUGUAUGAGCUUGAAGAUAAUGUUUGGGAUGAAUUUGGUGCUAGUGAUGAUCAUAUAGUGCCUCAUACUGUUGAUGAAUAUGGUGCGCAAUUUAAAGUUCAAGAUGAUGUUCGAAAAAAACGAAGACAUGAUGUGACUGGAGUUACUAGUAAUGCUAAUAAUACGACUAAAUAUGGUAUUUUGGGGGAGAAGGAAAAAGGCUUACAUACUUUGAUUAAGAACAGAAUGUUAGAAAAGGGUUCGUGGUCUCACAGUCCUGAUGGCAUCUUUCCCACUUCAGGUGAUAAUGACUCACACAACGAAGCAACAAUGGCUUCUGAUGAUUCAAGGACAUCCAGCCACGGUCUCAAAACUGGCAACAUAGAUUCAGUUGGCAGUGAGUUCUGUGCUGAUGAACCUGUCUUGGUUGACAAGUGUGCCACUGAGGACAAUAAUGUCUACCAGUAUCCACUAAAUAACAUGUCCCAAACUGAUGAUGAUCUCAGCUUUUUUGAUAAUAACCAUGAAGAUAAAGAAAACAGCGAUCUUUUAUAUUAUGGCUGGGCAGACAUUGGGAAUUUUGAGGAUGUUGACAGGAUGUUCAGAAGUUGUGAUUCAACAUUUGGGUUGGGGAGUCUGAGCAAUGAAGAUGAUUUGUGCUGGUUUUCAUCCUCACAAGCGACUGAAGGAUCUCAUGAUCCAUUGAAGGCUGAUGCUAAACUGAAUAGUGUACCGGAGGAUUGUGCAACUUCUAGGCCUGACAGUGCAGGUCCUUCAACUAUUGAUUCCAACAAGAAAAGUGUAUUUUUAAGUGAUAAAAUAAGUCCCCUUAAUUCAAGCAGUGAUAAUGCUGGUCUUGCACCCAUGUCAUCUUUGAAUGUAUCCAAUACAGAAUCUGAAAGUAAGGAUGACCCGAUACCCAAUGAACAGAUCAGUCCUCACAUAAAGCAGUCAAAGCAACUGAGCACAUCAGGAGAAAGAAAAGAUCAACAUCAGGAAAAUGGUGGUUCUUUUAACCACUAUGGUAACAUCAAGGAGUUUGCAGAUGUGAAGCACCCCUUUACUAAUUCAUCCUGUCAACUCUUUUCCCCAUCAGGCCUUCAGCGGCACAAACAAAACAUUGGAGCUGAUUCUGUGAGUUACCUACAGACAAAUAUUCCUUUUAUGCAUUUCAGCUACAGCAGUCCUUCGGAUCAAAUUUCAAUGUGUCCAACUGUAUCCAGUACCAAAUCCGAAAAUAAUGGCCAUCCUUCUUCAACAAAUGAGUCAUCUUAUGCAUCAAAUCAGGUACAGUCUAUAGAGAGCUCUCGUGGUCCUUCAUUUGAGGCUCCUGCCAGUCUAACAAAUGAGAAGAGGGGAAAGUUAUAUCACCACCAAGAUACCCAAGUGCCACUCAAUAGGAAUGUCAAACGUGCAAAAAUAGAAAGUCAGAUGGCAUUUUGUGAUCCAGUUACUGUUAAAAAGCAGGUCCGUCAGUCUGAACAGGAUGAAGGUCAUAGUGAAGUUGAAGGAGUUAGUGUAGGAAAGCCAGCAGAAUUAGAUUCUUCAAAUGCACAGGAGAGCUCUUGUGUAAGGUCUAUGUUGGAUGAAGUCUCACUAGAAGCUACUAGUUUUCGGCAGCUUCAACAAGUCAUGGAAAAGUUGGAUAUCAGGACAAAAUUGUGCAUACGGGAUAGUCUGUAUCGUUUGGCUAGGAGCGCUGAACAAAGGCAUAAUUGUGUGAAUACAAAAGGUGGCAUUGGAGAUGAUAAAGAUGCAAGUGGUCCACUGGUGGCUGAAGAAACAAACAAGUGCACUGGAUUUAUGGAUAUGGAAACUGACACAAACCCUAUAGAUAGAUCCAUAGCACACUUACUAUUUCACAGGCCUUCAGAUCUAUCUGCAAGGCUUAGUACUGAUACUGUGUCUUUUAAGUCACAUGGCAUGAUUCAUGGCUCUAUCACUAGUCCACCUGUGAUGGCUGAAAAACACAUUGGCCAUGAAGAAACUGGCGCUGCUUUGGAUAAAAAGUGCUGACAAGUGACAGCAGAUAACUGGGAAUUUGUUAACAUCAGUACAAUCCUUGUAAAAUGUAAUCUAUUAAUGAUAAUGUAAAAUGAUUGUCAUGAGGCCUCAACAUAAGAUGCAGGUUGGUUCCAUGUUUUAGGCUUAAUUUAUUAGAUACGAUGUUUUAGUCUUGUGUUGUUAUAAAUCCUUGUAAUGGUUUGUGAUAAGCUACUUGUCCACUUAUCUGUCACUAAUACUUGAAAAAAUUUCUAUUUGCUUUUCUACAAAAUAUUCAGUGUUCCCAGGAUCAAUUUCUGGAA